AGAAGGAGACUGCGGCUGGGCGGGGACAGCCAAUAGACUGACAGUCGUGUCGCACAUAUACACACAGCAUAUAUCCCUACAUACAUACACCAGCUAGGGGUAAGUUCCACACAUACACACAGCUGCCGGGCACUAUCUGGGUGUUGAUGCCGUGAGAGACUGCGGGUAUUGCCUGGGGAUGGCACUGGGCCGGCACAAACUGACUUUGCUGGUGCUGGUCUUGUCAGUGUCCGUGCUGCUCUACCUACUGCUGCCCUCCGGCCACUCCGAGCGAGCAAUGGAGCAGCAAACCGAGUCCCUUUCCCCCGACCCCCAGAGCAACAUCACUGUGCGCAGCGCGACCCUCUCCGGGGACUGGCCCACCUUCUACAGGGAGGCGGUGCCGCGCAAUGGGAUAGACGGGGUCGGAUCGGAGAGGUUUGUGGUGCUGCUGCUUCAUGGUCGCUCCUUCACCUCCAAAACAUGGCAGGAUCUGGGCACUCUGGGUACACUGGCAGAUCACGGGUACCGAGCUGUGGCCAUAGACCUUCCAGGGUACGGCGAGUCUCUGCGUGCUCAGCCCAUGUCUUCAGAAAAAGGGCGAACUGAUUACCUUCUUCAUGUCAUGGAGAAUCUGGGGACACAUCAGCCAGUCUUGGUCUGUCCUUCCAUGAGUGGGCUCUUCUGUCUGCCACUCCUCAUGCAGCACCCUGACCGACUGCGAGGAUUUGUCCCUAUUGCCCCAGUGGGCACCAAGAGCUUCAAACAGGAGCAGUAUCAGCAGAUACAGGUUCCCACCCUCAUUGUAUAUGGGACUCUGGAUACUAACUUAGGUAGCCAGUCUCUGGAGAGCCUUCAGCUACUGCCUCAUCACAGGCUGGUGCCACUAGAGGGCGCUGGCCAUGCAUGUUACCUGGAUAGGCCUGAAGAAUUUCAUGCAGCUCUAAUUCGGUAUCUGAGUAAUCUCUGAUCACCCACUGCUACAAGAAAACAUGGGCAGGCAGUGUUAUUGGUGGGUGCAGAGGUGGAAGCCAGGUUUCUGAAGUAUUUAAACCAGAAAGCCAGGGCAACUGGAAUACAUAGACAACGGCGAAUGCUGGAGAGUUACUCCAGUAGGAACAUUCUCCUAAUGUCCCAAAGGGGUCUGUGAGUGUAGGGUCUUACCUAUCUACAAUUAUGGACAAUAAGGAAAGCUUGAGGAGAACGUGUACAGAAGGAAUGUAUGUAGGUUCUCAUAGGAGUGUAUAUUAUUUUAUCUAACAAUUUCAUUAGUAUGUUAGGUGGGUGGGGAUAUGCAACACCCUGAGGGUAUAUAGUUACAAACUUCUGUUUUGAGUGGGCUGUGAAAAGAAU